AUGGCGAGGAAGAGGCUAAAGCUAGCUUACAUCGCCAAUGAUCCAUUGAGGAAAGCAACAUUCCACAAUAGGAAGAAAGGACUCGUGAAAAAGAUCAAUGAGCUCUCCAUUCUAUGCGGUAUCGAAGCAUGUGCGGUUAUCUACAAUCCUUUCAGCUCAAACCCGCCGGAUGUGUGGCCAUCACAUGCAGGAGUGAGGGACGUAGUGGACAAGUUCGAGAUGGUUUCAGAGAUGGAGCAAGAGAAGAAAAUGGUGAACCAUGAAGGUUUUCUAAUACAAAGCAUUGUAAAAGCCAAAGAGAAGAACAAUAAAAAGAUGGCAGAAAAUGCUGAGAGGACGAUGAAGGAGGCCAUGUUCCAGCUUCUUGGCGGGAAGGGAUAUAUGCUUAAGCUGACAGGUACGAAUCGUGAUGAUUUGUGUAAGUAUAUUGAUCAAUAUCUUAAGGAGCUUAUUCACCAUAGGAACCAUAUGCUAAGUCAGUCACAUCUUGAAUAUGGAGAAUCUUCUUCAACUGCUAUGGUCAUGGAACCAAGAGCUAGCUAUGACUGA